GCUUCGGCUCCGCGAACGCCGCGGAAACAACAACGAUGGCGGCGGCGUCUGCGAGCGAGGAGGUUUUCGCGCUCAUUUCGGAGGAGGAGAAGAAGUCCAUCUCGGAUGCGUUGGCCAGGAGGUUGGAGGAGCUGUGGGAGACGAAGGCCAGGGAGGUGACGGCGCUGAAGAUUGACAGCGAGAAGCAGAAGAUAACGGGAGACCAGGAAAAGUUCCAGUUAGAGCGAGAACUGGUUGCAAUCCGCACGCGGUUAGAAGAAGAAACCAGAUUGAAGGAUGAGGUGAAGACAAGAAGUGAAGAACUAGAACAGAGGCUAAACCAGUCUGAUACUGAAGUCCAAAAUGCCAAGGCCAGAAUCAAUGCUUUGUCUCGGGAAAUUCAGCAUUCACACAGUGAACAAGAAAAUGCAUCAACACAGUCUGCUGCUAUGGCUGGCAGCCUGGAGUCAAGAAAUAAAAGAAUACAAGAACUACAAGAACAGGUGGAAAAACUUGAGGAACAAUUGACAGUAGUAACAAGAGCAAAAUGUGAGGCUGUCAUAAGGGCUGAAGAAGCUGGGAGCAGGGAGCUACACUUGCAGUACAAAGAGAAGAGACUAGAGCAAGAACGGAGUCUCCUAACACGCCAGGUGGAUCGCCUACAACAGCAGUUGGAGCAGAGAGUGGAGGAGAGUGUCAGCCAGCGUAGAGAGCAUUCGACAACCAUUCUCAGACUACAGACAGAUCUCAAUCACAAACUGGAAGAGUUACGAGUGGAGAGAGAGGAAAAUGAGAGGACACAAAAGGGCUUAGAAGAAAAAUCGCAAAGGAUUGAAGAACUUCUGUCAGCCUUGAAUGCAUCCAGAGAAUCAGAAAUGAAACUGGAUGAAACUUACCGUCAAGAACUUGUAGCACAGAAGAAACUGGCUGACAUUUAUCAAGCUUCCUGCCAGGAUGAGAAAGAGCGUUGCACUGAGUUGGAGAAGGCAGUUGAAGAAUUACGCAAGCUCUUACAAGAGGCCAGUGAGCAGUAUGGAUGUUUGGAGCGUGCCAAGAAGGCAGCAGAGGAAGAGAGUGCAGCAGCUCUUCAGCAGUCAAAUUUGCUUGUCAAAGAACUCAAGGAAGAACUAGAUAAAGUGAAUCUGUUAAUGGAAGCAAGCUCUAAAAAGGAUCUAGGAGGACUAGAAGACUUGUCACCUGCUGCAAGUGCUGCAAGUCAACUUGUUAGUCGAGGCCUUAGUCUGACACAGUUGUACUCAGAGUAUAUGAGCGUGUCUGAGAAACUAAUUGGCACAGAAGAAGAAAACAAGAGACUAAAACGUUAUGUCGACCAGAUCUUACAGGAAAUUGAGGAUCGAGUUCCUGUAUUCAAGAAGCAGAGAGAUGAUCACCAGAAGUCACUAGAGACCAUUACUUCCUUGCAUUCUCAGUUGGAGGAAACUUUAGCAGACCUUGAGAAGCAGAGGAUAGAAUCACAGGAAGCUCGACGCCGAGCAAAAUACCUUGAAAGAGAGAAUUCCCGCCUGGGAAUGGAAGUGAAAGACCUUGGAAAGCAGGUCACCAUCUUGGUUAUGCAGGUAGAAGCAGCUAGAGCAGGGCAACCUUCACCAGUUAUUCCUGUGGAAACUGACAGUCCAACUGGAGCAGGUGAGGUUAUCUCACAGCGAUUGGUAGCAUUUAGAAAUGUUGCUGAACUCCAAGAACAAAACACUCAUCUCAGGACUUCAUUGAGAGAACUGUCUCAACAGAUGGAGGCAGUUGAAAAGGAGGCUGUUGAAAACAGAACUCAAGAUUUACAGGAGGAGCUAGAUGCAGCUAAAGCACAAUUGUCAGAAUUGCAAGCAGCUCGUGAAAGACAAGAAUCACUCAUGGAAAAUAUUGUUAAUCAGCGUAACAUGUACCGCACUCUUCUAUCUCAACAGUCCCCCCAGACAAAACCACCAUCUUCAGCUCAGUCUUUGCAGUCUUCAGAUGUUUCUCAAGAGGAAUUAAAGAAAGUGAAAGAAGAACUUGAAAAUUCAAAGAAAGAAUUGGCAACAUUAAAGAAGGAGCACGAAGAAUACCGUGAAGAAAAAAUAAAGAAUGAUAAAUUGCUGCAGGAUGAGUAUGAGAACCUAAGGGCCAACAUGGAGAAGACAAGGAAUGAGAAUGUCAAACUGAUAUCCCAAGCUGAAUACAAUGAUGAAAGGAUUAAAACACAACAAAAUAAUGCUGAAGUUCUCCAGAGGCAGAUCAUGGCCCUGGAGAAGAAUAAUUCAACACUGCAAGGCAUCAUUGGACGCCAUGAGAGCACAAUAGAAACUCUACGUAAUGAGCUUCUGACUCUGCAGAAGAAACUGUCUUGUGCUGAAGUCACACUGGAAAAUCUGAGGGAGGAGAGAAUGCUGUUGAAGGAAUCUGAAGCACGAUUGCUGUCAGAGAGGGAGUCUUAUGAGAGAAGUCAUGCAUCCCAGGCUAUGGUUCUUGCAAACUUAGAGACCAUUAAGAUCAAUUUGGAAAAAAGUGAUGCAACAGAGAAGAUGCGAUAUGAAAACCAGAUUCAAGAGCUAACAGAGCAGUGCAGCCGUUUGAAGGCCAAGUUGGAGUCAAACAUUGAGGUCAAGGAAGCCACUAUGAAGUUGACAGAUGCAGAGAAUCGUAUCAAGUCCAUGCAUCAAGAACAUGCUGCUAUGACAAAGCAACUUUUGGAAGUGAAGUCAGAGUUGUCAGCCACAAAGACUCGAUUAGCAGAAGCACAAGACAAAAUGAGAUCUGCACCAUCUCCACAAGGAAAUAAAGCAAGAGGAAGCAGUCCUGUUGCGUCAUCUCCAUUCCGACUGGCUGGAUCAUCACCCCAGAUUCGUGACCUGCAAGUGCAGUUGACUGAGGAGAGAGCAUCGGUUGCAACACUCCAAGCUUCUCUUGAUCAGUCUAAACGUAAUAUUGAUGAGCUCAUGGGGGUCACCAAGCAGCAGGAAAAGCAGUUGGCUGAGUCAAAUGAGGCCUGCAAGAUUGCCCAGGCACAGCUUUCCAAACUUGAAAAGGAAAAGAGUGAAGUGGAAGAAAAACUGACAAAGACUGAGUCUCAGCUUAGUGAAGCUGUAGAAGAAGCAGAAGCUGUAAAGACUCUUCUUCAGACCCAGCUUGCAAAGAUGCAAGAUGAGUUGCAAGUGGCUCAGAAGAAGUUGAGUGAUGCAAAUGAAGCUCUCACAACAGCUAAAGGAGAAGAAGAAAAGGCAAAGAAGGAAGCCCAACAAAAGGCACAGCUUGCUGGAGAAGUUCAAGAUAAGUAUGAGAGGGAGGUGAUGUUACAUGGUGCCGAUUUGAAGGCUUUAGCUGUCUUGAAGGAAAAACAAGCUGAGUAUAAUGCAGAACUCCAGCAAGUCACCAUGGCCAAACUGAAGGCAGAAGAAGCUGUCAGAGACACCCGAUUAGGAUUUGAGGAAAGAGAAAAUCUGCUUCGUCGUGAAAAUAAAGACCUGCUCAUGAGGAGUCAUGAACUUGAGGAACAGAACAAAGCUCUUCUUGACCAGUUUACCCAGUUAUCUGACAAGAUGGCUGCAUUGCAGACUAAGCUGUCUGUUCCUGGGGCUGAUAAUCCCAAUGCCUCCUUCACUGAGGAUGAGGCUAGAUCCUCAGAUCAGUUACGAGAAGUCAUCAAAUACCUUAGAAGGGAGCGAGAUGUAUCUGCCGGAAAGUGUGAGGUGGCCUUGGCUGAGGUACAGAGGCUGACUGCUCAGAAGAAGAUCUUGGAGUCACAGAUAGAACAGGUUACUAAGAACCUGGCAGAAGAAAGAGAAAAGAGCCAAGCCUCACUAGAUAGUGCUGGACGAUAUGGAGAACUUCUUAGGAAGGUCCACACCAUGGAUGCCCUGGCAGACAGCAACCGUCUCCUUCGUGAAGAGAAAGAAGGCAUGCAAAACACCAUCACUGAAUUCAAGGCAAAAUAUGAAUCUUUGGAAAAGCAGAUUGAACCGCUACAAGAGAAACAAAGGCUUUCUGACAAUAAGAUUGAGUCUUUGAUGCUGGAGAAGAGGAGCAUUGAAAAUGAAAAGGAUCUUUACAAGAAGAGAACACAAGAGCUGGUGGAGAAACUUAACCGUGCCAAACCUGAGGACUUCAUUAGGCUACAGCAGGAAGUGGUUGAACAACAGAAGACCUUACAGAGCAAGGAGGCAGAAGUGUCAAGAUUAAAGAACCAGCUUGCUCAAUUGUCCAAGAACCAGCAAAUGAUUGUGAACCAGAAGAAUCAGUUCCAGCAGCAGCUGAAUAUUGUGCGGUCAGAGCUUCACAAGACCACAGAAGAAUUCAAAAAGCUUACAAUGGAGAAAAAUCGUAUUCAGGCUCAGAGUGGUGAGGAGUUCAAGAGGGUAAACAUGGAAAAGGCUCGCCUUCAGCAACAGCUAGUGGCAACCCAAGAACGUGUGCGCAGUCUAGAAACCUCUUCACAGCAUGCACAAGCUACUCAUCAGCAAGAGAUGAGCAAGGCUCAGGAACAGCGCAAUAGGGAGCAACAGCAGGAGAGGCAACAGGUUAUGGAUCUUAAACAGCGUGAGGAUGCUCUCAAAAAUCACCUUGAGGCUACCAGAAAGGAAGCUGAAAGCCUCUCUGAGAAGGUCAAAGACGCUGAGGCAAAGUUAGCUGAUGCUCUGAAGAAGGCUGAUAAUUUUGAAAAACAGGCUCUCCAGUUGCGUAAGAUUGCCACUAAAUAUAAGAAGGCUGCUGAAGGAGGCUCAGCAACUGCAGCAACUACAGCUGGGGAUGGCAGUGAAGAACCUGCUAGUGGUGGGACAAUGGUUUCAGCUGACAAAGUAAAGGAAUAUGAAGAAACCAUUGCAAGCCUUCGCCAGAAACAGGAGAAAGCACAGGAAGAUGCUACCAAGCUGCA